AGAGGGAGGCAUCCAUCGCCUGACAUACAUCUCCUACUGCCCUGCCGUCGCUCUCUCCUGAUCUCGUCGGAGAAGAUGAAGCACCUGGUGGAGGUGGAGCCGGCGACGGCGACCACGGGUCCGGCGUACCGGAACGCGCGGGCCAAGGACGGCCUCCUGCAGGCUCCGCCGGGGCUCCACAGCUGCUGGGACAUCUUCCGGACGUCCGUGGAGAAGUACCCCAACAACCAGAUGCUAGGUCGUCGGCGAGUGGUCGAUGGCAAGGCGGGCGAAUACACCUGGGUGACUUACAAGGAAGUCUAUGAUGUUGUGAUGAAGCUUGCAGCCUCCAUUGACAAAUCCGGAAUCAAACAGGGUGAAAGCUGCGGUAUAUACGGCGCAAACUGCCCCGAAUGGAUCAUCAGCAUGGAGGCUUGCAACGCGCUUGGGGUUUGCUGCGUUCCCCUCUACGAUUCUCUCGGUGCUGGGGCCGUGGAGUUUAUCAUAUGCCAUGCCGAAAUCCAGAUCGCGUUUGUGGAGGAAAAGAAGAUCACAGAGCUCCUGAAAACUUGUCAUGCUACUUCGAAGUAUCUGAAAACGGUCAUAAGCUUUGGAGGAGUCACAAAUGACCAUAAAGAUGAAGCUAAAAACUAUGGCCUGUCCAUUUUCUCUUGGGAGGAAUUCCUGAUCAUGGGUGGCUCUCAUAAUUUUGAUUUGCCUGAAAAGAAGAUAUCUGACAUCUGUACAAUAAUGUAUACAAGCGGCACAACGGGAGAUCCUAAAGGAGUUAUGAUAUCAAAUGAAAGCCUUCUUGUAAAUAUCACAGGCCCCGAUUCUGUACUUCAGUAUAUUGGUGAAGUUUUAGAUCAAGAUGAUGUCUAUUUGUCAUAUCUUCCACUAGCCCAUAUCUUUGAUAGAAUGUUUGAGGAAGUGUUCAUUUACCAUGGAUCAAAGAUCGGAUUUUGGCGUGGGGAUGUCAAACUAUUGGUUGAUGACAUUGCAGCACUAAAACCAACAAUAUUCUGUGCUGUUCCACGUGUGCUGGAUAGGAUAUAUUCAGGUCUUACAGCUAGGAUUUCGUCUGGUGGUAUACUGAAGAAAACUUUAUUCAACAUCGCUUAUAAGAUGAAACUGGACAGUAUGAGGAAAGGAAUUAAACAUGAGAAGGCAGCCCCAUUCUUUGACAAAUUAGUUUUCAGCAAGGUGAAAGAAAGGCUUGGUGGAAAAUUAAGAGUUAUUGUAUCUGGAGGUGCCCCUCUAUCUGUACCAGUGGAAGAAUUUUUGAGGGUUGUGACAUGUGCUUAUGUUAUUCAAGGCUAUGGACUGACGGAAACUUGUGCGGGAUCUAUAGUUUCGAUACCAAAUCAAUACUCCAUGCUUGGGACUGUUGGUCCACCUGUUCCACAUAUUGAUGUACGCCUUGAGUCAGUUCCAGAGAUGGGUUAUCAUGCUUUGUCUAGUGUCCCACGUGGAGAGAUAUGCAUAAGGGGAAGUGUUCUGUUCUCUGGAUACUACAAAAGAGAGGACCUUGUGCAGGAAGUCAUGAUUGAUGGCUGGUUUCACACUGGAGAUAUUGGUGAGUGGCAACCAGAUGGAUCCUUAAAAGUGAUUGAUAGAAAGAAGAAUAUUUUCAAGCUUUCGCAGGGGGAAUACGUUGCAGUGGAAAAUCUAGAGAAUGUAUACGGUGUUCUUCAAGAUAUAGAUUCAAUAUGGGUAUAUGGGAAUAGUUUUGAAUCUUCUCUUGUCGCUGUUGUUAAUCCGAACCAACAAUCUCUUGAGCGCUGGGCGGAACAAAACGGUACUGCUGGAAGUUUUGCUGAACUAUGCGAGCAUUCCAGAGCCAAAGAACAUAUUCUUGCAGAGCUCACGAAGAUUGCGAAGGAAAAGAAGCUGAAAGGUUUUGAGUUCAUAAAAGCUAUCCAUCUUGACCCGUUGCCAUUUGAUAUCGAACGCGAUCUCAUCACCCCAACAUACAAGAAGAAACGGCCACAAAUGCUCAAAUACUACCAGCUUGGACUCUAAAAGCAGCUCUACCAUAGGAUGAAAGUUCCUUCUUCCCUGGUUCCCAGUUUGGAGUUAACCAGGUGGAUGUCAAAUCGGAACCAAGGUAGUGUUUGCUAAGCAUACUCCGGUUUCUGUUAGUGUCUUUGAUUGUUAUCAAUUGUUUUCACAGAGCUCAUCAAUGUUGACAUGGCAGGAAUUUAGCUAGAGCGAAUUGGGAUUACUAUUUGCAGCGUGUUUCAGAUUUCAGCUGUAUUUUUAGCCUUGUUUUAGAUAGGGGAACUGAAGUAGAGCGGGCCGUAGAGCGAUAAGUGGGUCUGUUUGUCUCGAUCGUUCAUCAGUUGGAUAGUAGUUGCGCUAUCUGACAGUCUGCAACGGCAAACCCUUUCAUCAGUUGGAUAGUAGCUGUGCUAUCUGACAGCCGGCAACGGCAAGCCCUUUCUUCGACGGUUGAUGUUUUGCUUCUAUAUAUUUGGUGACCUGAAGCGUUUGUCCUUGCUCUUCCAUUUGUGACAUUAAAAAUGUUAGCAUUCCUUAUGUGCCUUGCUUCAAAUUUCAUCCCCUGUUGCCACUUCCAUUGGCGAGACAAUCUUAUUCCUCCCAGUUGAAAGAAGUAAAUUUUGGAUCACUUCCCUUGCACGCCAUUUCCAUGCAUGAAGGGACGCAUUGCGUGUUCAUAGUUCAUGAAUGGAUGUUCCAUUCCGCAUGUGAGAAAUGAGGUUUCUAAAAGUUGUAGAAGAAAAAAGUGACAUUGCAAUAUAUGGUAUGCUUUGUUGUA